GGCAGACAAGUCUCAGACUGCCGGCAGUGAUCUAGUGUGUGUUGUGCGCUAGUGCAGUGUGUUUGUGAGUGUUGUGGAUCGAUAGAAGGCGAAGAGAAAGGCAGCAAGUCGUACCAUGUCGGCAGGCACCUGACAUGGAAACGCUCAUGGGACAGGUGUACAAUCCGCACCUGAAGAAAGUGCUGAAGACUUACCAACUUAGCGCUCCGAAGAGUCUACAAGGGCCGAGCACCGUCCUCACGGAGGUGACGAAAAAGGAGCCGGCGUCCGAGCCGUCGCCCGAACCGUUCACGACACCACCUCCUCUCCCGAUUCAACAACUGCCCAUCCUCACGGCUCCGGACAGGUCGCCGAGCCAGCGCUGCGAGACCGUCCUCCACGGAGAAAGGAUCACGUGUUUCCUGGUCGGUGGGGAAAAGAGGCUCUGCCUCCCUCAACUCCUACACAGCAUCCUGAGGGACUUCAAUUUGGCCCAGAUCAACCAGGUUUGCGACUCGCUCCAGAUCUUCUGCUCCAGGUGCAACCCGGAACAGUUGGACGAGCUCAAAGAGACCAACAUAUUGCCUAAAACCGCCCCUUCUUGCGGGCUCAUCACGAAAACGGAUGCGGAGAGGCUCUGCAGCACUCUGCUGCACAGGCCGGUCGCCGCGCCUAGGGGUCUGGCCAAGACCGCCCUCGGGUUCAACGUCUAUCACGAGUGCUUCGGCAAAUGCAAGGGCGUCUGCUAUCCGGAACUAUUUUCCGACGCGGAGGCCCGCUGCAUCGAGUGUCUCGAGUGCCACGGUCUCUACUCCCCUCGACAAUUCGUAUGCCACGGGCAUAAGUCUCGCGAAAACAGGACAUGCCAUUGGGGCUUUGACUCGGACAAUUGGCGUGCUUACCUCCUCCUCAGUCAGAACCAGCCGGAUCUCGAGACGAGGGAAAACCUCCUGGAACUCUUCAAGGAGCAGCAUUUCAAAGGAUCCACGGGAAUAAAGGUCAUCGACAGGAUGGGAGGAAGGAUCGACUGGGAAAGGAAAGACGAGGAGGUGGUCGCGGCCAAAAAGUUGAAACUCGACGAAGGCUACGUGGCUUCGCCUACUGCAUACCUGCAGCAUUACGACCCUGCCUUCCACUACAAUUACUGGUACGACCCCUUCAUGAGAAGCAUGGGCUCUGCUUUCAGGCCCUGGCACACACCACUUCCACCUCAUCUGGACGAAAAGGCUUACCCAGAUGGUCCAGUUCCUAACAAUGUUCCUGCCUACCUCAGUCAUGAUCCACCUGUCCUACUACAUCCUGAACGAGUCGUGCCUCUUUCCGAUUCAGAAAGGUUUGAAAGAAGCUAUCAGCCUAAUGUCGCACUCGCACCCCGAUCGGUUCAUCACGACGUACGGAAGACUGAGGUGAAAACAGAAGCGGCAAAUCCAGAUGAGAAAAAACCACCAAUAUUCCCCCGUGAUCGAGGGAACGGUGGUGUGAAUUUUUUCAAUCCAGAAAUCGAGCUUUCAACUGACACCGAUGACAGUGCCUCUGAACAACAUGAGCAUAUUGGGAGUGCGGUCGAGCAAGUAGCAGCAGUUUUCGCAGCCUUGAGUGAUGCCAAAGAGACAACAAGGGAACUUGUCGUGAGCCUUGUUGAAAGGCUAGCGGGACGCUUGGAUUCAAUGGAGGCAGAGAAUCGAAGGCUAACGAAAGACAAUAUUUCCCUUAGGCAGCAGAUCUUAAAGAUCAAAGAGUCUAUGGAUUUAAUGAGUGCGAAGGAAGAAAUGGAAACUGAACCUGAGAAGAAAUCUCUUCCAGAAGAGAGCUCAACACCUGCCGGAGACGAUUUAAAAUCAUGCCCUUCACCACCGCCAAAAUCUCCCAGGUGUGGGGCUGAAGGGUCCCCUCCUCAUGCAUCGUCGCCUCCCCGAACAAGCCCUGAACAAGCAAAUUCACCAGAACUGCUAAAAGUCUGUUCACCGGCUCCCGACGAUUUGAAGACGUCUAUCCCACUGACUACAGCCGUCAUAAGUGUCGUCCGAAGCAGCCCAGUUUCCGUCAUAACAUCGCAGGCAUCUAUUAAAAUAGAGCCCGUGUCUGAGUGACAUCAAGUCCCUUUACUUGUAUUUUAAGUAUUUUUAACUGUGUAAAAUUGACAGUUUUGUACUGUCUUUUAUUUUGAUCCCAAUUACCAAGUAUUAAAUUUAUCCCAGUGAUUUCGAAAAUAUAAAUAUGCAAGCGGGUCACCGCAUAUAAACACUCAUAACAAUGCAUUACAUACCUAAACAGAAAUAAUGCAUUUAAAAAUAUGUAGUUUUAUGAUGAAUAGAAACCAGUUCCAUUUAAUAAAUUAAAAACAAAAAAAAAGAUUGGUGUACAAUUUUACACGUUAAUCUAUAAUUUAAUGCCAAAACCAUUUCAUAACUGUAUCCUAUUUUAGACUGUAGAGCUGAAUUUGAAGGUAACGACUAAAAUGCAAAGAGUACAAAACACAUUUAAAAAAAUUCAUACUGUUUAAUGUAAAUUUGAAUUGUUAAGGUUUAGAUGUUUGUACUUGUCAAAUUGUGUUUAGAAAUGACUGAACUUUUUAAAUGUUUAUUUUCAACUCUACCCAAGAGCUGGAAAUGUUCUUUUUUUUUUGUUAAAAUGAUAAAUUAUGCAGAUUAUUGUUACUGUGCCAUUUUUAUAGUGUUUGUUGUUAAUGUUCAUUAUUAUAUAUAGGUAUAGUUAUAUACAUAUUUUUUUUACAGUUUUGGCAUUCUUUGAUAAUGCAUUGGAAAAUUUAAAAAAAAGAACAUUUUUUGUUUCGGUCCAUUGCUAGCGUUAAUAAUGUUCAAUUUGUUGGAUAAGAAAUGGUUUUUAUCAUUUAUAUUUUAAUAUGAUUUAUGAAUGUGUAGUGCCUGUCAUAAUUCCUAAACAUAUUACAGUCAUUUUUUUUUUUUUUAGUUUACUAUACCUUUAAAUGAGUUUAUUAUAUAUAAGGGCUUGUUAUAGUUUUUAUGAAGUUAAAAGUACAAAUCUUUUUUGGUGCUUAAGUAUUAGAUAAGCACCAUUUGUGUAAAAAUGUCAGUGUAUAUAUGUACAUUAUUCUUUCUACUACUUCCUAUUUCUGGAUUUAAAUGUAAUUUGUCAAUGUAAUGACUAUUGUAGAAUAAACCGUUUAACAAGCAUAUAUUUCCAUUGUUGUUUUGUCAAUAAUUUUAUAUGAUCUCAAAUAUAUUUCUCAAGUCGGAAAUGAUUAUGUUUCUUAACAAAAAAAAACAAAAAAGAAAAAAAACGGUGCUUUAGAAAUUUAAUUUCAACAACAAUGACAGUUGUUACGUUAAAAUAAAUAGUUUGACUUUUUUCCCAUCAAUAUUUGCUUUUCGACUUGUUAAAUUACAGAACCAGCAAAAGGUAGAAUGUUUUCAUGCUCAUUUCAACAUAGCUUUAGUGAAGGUACAAAUUUAUAUUUCUCAUCGUGUAGAAUUAAAUAUUUUCAUGAAUGCCAUAGUCGUGUAAACGAUUUUAUAUAAUAUAAAUGGUUCAAAAUGUUCGCAUAAUAUCGUACAGUACAAUUGAAAAGUGCAAAUAAAUUCUCUUUUGUGGUGUCACUGCCAUGUCAAUUUUAUGUGUUUUAUAGAUAAUAUUCGACCUUUUAAAAGGGAUUUUAAUGAAAGCCUGUAUAUACUCUGCUUUACCAUGAGUACCUGAGCUCAGACGGCUAUACAUCGUCUCUGACUUGUCAGUGACAUACACUGCCAAAAUAAUCAAAAAAAGAAUAAAUUUCUUCAACCUUGCUCAAAUUGGUUUGUGUUUGAUUAAACCAAGCAGCAAUAUCUUAAAUGAAUAUAACGCAAAAAUACAAAGUAUUGCUAUAAAUUAUAUUGUAACUUUUAUAUGGCUGAAAAAUAUUGUCCGCAAAAUUAAUUUUUGGUAUUGGCAUUAAUCUUAUAAUAGUUUACUCUUUUAAAAAUAAAAUUUUAAUGUGUAAUUUGUAUAAGGAAAAUAAUAUUUAAACACAAAGCCAGGGGCAAUUAAAAAAUAUUCAAAAGUAUACUGGUGUCUAGCAAAUUUUUGAUGUUAAACGUUUUAUAAAUGUUAUAUUUUACUCACCAUUUAUAUAUUGGCACAAUAUUAUUUCCAAAUAUAAAUAGUUUCCUAAAAGUUAAAGCGAUCACCAUCAAUCCAAAAUCAGCAUCUAUUGAGCUGGGAAAUAUACUUUCCUAUAUUCUUUUUGUUUACAGAUUUACUAUUGUUAGCUGUAAAAAUAUUUUCAUGAUUUUUUUUCUCUUUUAAACGAAGGACUUAGUUAUUGGUUUAUUUUUUAUUUGGCAUGACAAUUUGGAAAUGGAUAUUGUUAGGUUAUUUAUUUGUGUUUGUAAAUAUAAUUUAUUUUGGGUUAAACAACACGGCCAAGCUGGUUGAACAAUGCAAAAUUUCAAAUGAAAAAGAAAAAAAUUAUAUGUCGAUUAUGUAAAUACUGAUAAUUUUAAGGGCCUCUUGAAAAUGAAAUGGUCUCAUGGUUUUAUUAUCAUUUAAAAAAAUCCAAUAUUUAUUUCUCUAGAAUUCAGUUAGUUGACAAAAGAUUAAAGUUUGGGAUCAUUUCAUUGCAAGACAUUUGAAAUUUUUAUGCUAACUGUAAUUUUAUGUAUGAAAAAUUAUAUGUACAGAAGGAAUGUUAUAUGUUAAAAGUGCUUAACAAAAUUACAAAGCUCUCUCACCUUUUUUGAAUGGGGAUAAUGAUUACAUGUUAAUACAACCAUAAGUUUUUUUACAACUUAAAACAAAAACCGCCUAAUAUUUGUAAAUUAGUGAAAUCAUUCAAAAAAAUUUCCGAUUGGCUGUUACAUUUAUAUUCUUGCUUAAUUUUAUUUUUGAGAGUAAAUCAAUAAACAAAGAGUCGGGAAAGAGGGCUGUGAAUGAGAGAGUUAUUUAUUAGAAAUAACCUAUGUCUUUGUAAAUUUUAUUGUUUGAGCCAGAGAAGUCAAAUUUUAUUUUGUGCGGUUCGAUUCUUUGGAAGCUGCUUAAAAAUCAAAAUUUUAGAAAGAUUCAGUCAGAACGGCUUAUAAAAAUUGAAGUGUGAAUUUCCUUGGAGACCAGUCAACAUUUUUUUGUGUUUUAUUUAUUAUUGCUAUUCCCUCUUUAAUUUUAAGUUUUAAUUGUUACUGUAUAGUUAUACAAAUUUUAUAUAAUUAGUAGUGAUAUUAAAAAAAGCACUGUCAUUGUAAGUUUUGUGUGUUGAAUGAAUUGUUCCAUAUCUUCAUUUAAUAGUUUGUG